AGCAAGAGGCCACGCUCCUCGCAAUUCUCGCGCGCGCCACCGUCGUCUCCGGCGACCACCUCACCGCCGGCCAUGCCGUCGUCCUACGCUGCCGCGGCCUCUGGCUCCGCGUCUUCCUCUCGCAAGCCGAUUCCCCUCGCCGCGGCUGCCGCCCGUCGGCCAGCACCCUCAGCGGCAGCCGCGCCGUCGCCGUCAAACCCUAGCGCCGUCUCCGAUUCUGACCCGUCGUCGUGCUCCUCCUCCGGGGAGGAGACCGACCUCACCUCCUCCGAUCCGGCGGCCGCCUCCGUCAUCUCCGCUUACCUCUCCGUUGCCGGUAAUGGCGCCAACCUCUCCAAGGUCGGCAUCUUCCUCAGCUCCGCGGCGCGCCGCCGAUCGCCGCCGUGCCUGAUAUGCUUCGAUCCCAUCCGCCCCUCCGACCCCGUAUGGUCCUGCUCCGCCUCCUGCUUCGCCCUCCUCCACCUCCACUGCAUCCAGUCAUGGGCCCAUCAGUUAGCGUCGGCUGCGCCUUCUCCCACCUGGGGCUGCCCCAAAUGCCGCUUCCCCUAUCCCAAAUCCCAGACCCCCACCUCCUACCUCUGCUUCUGCUCCAAGACCGUAGACCCUGCUCCGGACCCCUGGAUCCUCCCCCACUCCUGCGGCGAUGUCUGUGGCCGACGUCUCAAUGCAAAUCUUGACUCUGGAUGUGAACACACCUGCCUCCUUCUCUGCCACCCUGGACCAUGCCCACCGUGCCCGGCUAUUGUUCCGAAUGCUAUGUGCUUCUGUGGAUCGCAUCGUGAGACGCGUCGAUGCUCACAUCAGCGUUAUUCCUGCACGGGGAAAUGUAAUAAACGCCUUGGUUGUGGAAUCCACCGGUGUCCUGUGGAUUGCCAUGAUGGGCCUUGCCCGCCGUGUGCGGUGCGAGGAAAGCACAAAUGUGAGUGUGGAGCAACAAUGGAGGAGAGGCUAUGCUCUGAAAGGGUGUUCCAGUGCAAGAGGGACUGUGGUGGGAUGUUGGAGUGCGGGAAGCAUAGUUGUGAGAGGGGUUGCCAUGCAGGAAAGUGUGGAGAAUGCCCUCUCCAAGGGCGGCGGACUUGCCCAUGUGGGAAGAAAGAUUAUCCAAGUUUGGACUGUGAUGCAGAAGCUGCCACAUGUGGAUCAACUUGCGAGAAGGUGCUUGGGUGCGGGCGACACAAAUGCCCUGAACGGUGUCAUCGUGGUUCGUGUGUUGAGACAUGCCGGCUUGUGAUCACAAAAUCGUGCCGUUGCGGGGGCCUGAAGAAGGAGGUGCCAUGCUACCAAGAACUGACAUGUGAAAGAAAGUGCCAGCGUUUGCGAAACUGUGGCCGCCAUGCUUGUAGACGGCGUUGCUGCGAGGGUGAUUGUGCACCCUGCCCAGAGGUUUGUGACAAGAGGCUUAGAUGUGGCAACCAUAAAUGCCUAUCUCCAUGCCACAGAGGUUCUUGUUCACCUUGUCCUUUGAUGAAGACCAUUUCAUGUAACUGUGGGCAAACAUUUUUUGAGGUUCCCUGUGGGACUGAGAAGAAUCAGAAACCACCCAAAUGCUCAAAAAAAUGCAAUGUAGCUCGCCUUUGCAGUCACAAACUUGAAUGUCAGCCCCACAAGUGCCACUAUGGAGCUUGCCCACCCUGCAAACUAAUCUGCGGAGAAGAACUUUCUUGUGGCCACAGAUGUAAACUGAGGUGUCAUGGCCCAAUUGCUCCUCCAAAUCCCGAGUUCACACUGAAACCAGUAAAAAGGAAAAAGGAAAAGCAUAUAGAGUCUACACCUGGAACACAAUGCCCACCUUGCCAAGAAGUUGUUUUGGUGCCAUGCUUUGGACAACAUCUUGGCCAAGAGCGCGCGAUACUUUGCUCCAAAAAGAGGCAGUUUCCUUGUCAGAAUUUAUGUGGUAAUCCUCUCAACUGUGGCAAUCAUUAUUGUACAAAGGGUUGCCAUGUGUUAGAGAAUCCAUUGAGUCAGCCUGAAGGAGAUCAAUCAGCCAUACUGACUGCAUUUGCUGAGGCUUGUGAAGAAUGUAACCUUCCUUGUCGAAGGGUCAGGGAGCCUCCAUGUUCUCAUCCUUGCCCUUUGCCAUGUCAUCUGGAUGAUUGUCCACCUUGCAAAGUCCUUGUCAAAAGACCAUGUCAUUGUGAUGCCAUGGUACAUGCUUUUGAGUGCAUGUAUUAUAACAACUUAAGUGCUAAGGAACAGCAGAAAGUAAGGUCCUGUGGUGGCCCAUGUCAUAGGAAAUUACCGAACUGUCCCCAUCUGUGCUCAGAAAUUUGUCACCCUGGUCAGUGUCCAUCAGUUGAUAGGUGCAUGAAAAAGGUCAAUGUCCGUUGUGCAUGCAACACCCUUAAAAAGGAGUGGGUAUGUCAAGAUAUUCUGAAGGAAUACCAUCGGUCUGGUCGUGACCCAAAACAAAUACCUAAAAAUCAAUAUGGAAUUGGCCUACUUGCCUGUGGUGAAGAUUGCAUGAAAAAGGUUAAAGCUGCAGAUGCUGAAUUGCAUCUCCGAAAAAAUCAGGAGAUCAAGAUCCCUGCUGUGGAAGUUGAAAACGUGCCCAAGCGCAGGAAGAGGCGUAACCGUGGCCAAGAAAGUGUUGAAAGCUCAAAAUUCCAGGAAACCAAAGCUUUUGCAUUGAAAUGUCUCUUGGUUGUUUUGCUAUCCAUAAUCGCCGUAGCUGGAUUGUACCUGUUGUGGAAAGGUGUUUACCGGCUUUCUGAUUGGAUGAAUGAACUGGAAGAGCAGAGGGCCAAGCAGAGGCAUUUGAAGCCUGCAAGGCUGUAAAUUAAAAGACUAGCGUUUUUUGUUUGUUGUGCAAUAUUCAUAAUUGAGACGUCCAUCACUUCACCGGCUGGAGUUGGUUUCGGGUACAUGAUUGUGAAUGAUGUAAUUAUUUUUUGUUGUUUCCCCAAAAAUGUAACACCUCAACAACUUUGUAGUUUGUUUGGAUCCUGUUCCUGUGUUCAAGUGAAUUUAUUCAAAUGACCAAAUUCUGUCAAUUCAGUGAUAUAUGAGCAUCCAUCAUAAAUUCACAAUG